CGCCGGGAGGAGGGGGGACGCAGUGGGCGGAGCGGAGACAGCACCUUCGGAGAUAAUCCUUUCUCCUGCCGCAGAGCAGAGGAGCGGCGGGAGAGGAACACUUCUCCCAGGCUUUAGCAGAGCCGGCAGGAUGGCGACCGUGGUGGUGGAAGCCACCGAGCCGGAGCCAUCGGGCAGCAUCGGCAACCCGGCGGCGUCCACCUCGCCCAGCCUGUCGCACCGCUUCCUAGACAGCAAGUUCUACUUGCUGGUGGUGGUCGGCGAGACGGUGACCGAAGAGCACCUGAGGCGUGCCAUCGGCAACAUCGAGCUGGGGAUCCGAUCGUGGGACACAAACCUGAUCGAGUGCAACUUGGACCAAGAACUCAAACUUUUCGUGUCUCGACACUCCGCGAGGUUCUCUCCUGAAGUCCCAGGUGAGGCUUCUGCUUGGUGUUAGCCCCGCUCUUG